GAGCAGAAUUCUGGGGUUCCGCCGCCCCAGCCGCCCUUGCCGUGCCCGUUUCCCCCUUUUGGGGUGACAUCCCCGGGACGGGCUCUUCCCUGGCGGAUCCCUGGGAUCCACCCCAGACACCUCCGCCUCCUCCCAGCUCCGGCUUUCCCGAUUUUUUUCCAAAAUCCCCCCGGAAUUCAGGCGGUGCCGCUUUGGGGCGGGGAGCGCCGCCGUUCCAGAACAUCCUGCGAGCGCGGGGAGCCAUAAAAGGCUCAGGGAUGGAUCGGGAACGCCGGGAAUUCGCACGCACAGCCCCGAGGAGGAGCCCAGCUGGGGAAACCCUCCCCGCCCCGAGCGUCCUACAUCUUCCAGAGGGGGAACAGCGGCGCCGCUGGAUUUACGCGGAUUUAUUUUUAUUUUAUUUUAAUUUUUUUCCCCCCUCUUCCCACGCAGCAAUUCCCAACCCCGGCUGCUCCCGGCGGGGAGUGGGAGGAAGGGGAUGCUCGGAGGGUUUGGGAAAAUCGGGAGCAUUUCCAGCCAUGCCUCGCCGGAGCUGCUCGGUCUCUGCGUGAGCUGCUGAGGCGGCUCUGGAGCCGCAGGAUUGAUGGAGAGGCGCUGAAAGCACCAGCCCCUUCCUGGCGGCCACCAUGGACCUGCCCAGCACCAAGGACUUCCAGUGGAAGUCCCUGGCGCCGCUGCCCAGCCGCAGGGUGUACUCCACGCUGGUGGAGGCGGGCGGGCAGGUCUUCGCCGUGGGCGGCUGCGACGACAACGGCGUCCCCGUGGCCUCCUUCGAGGUCUACUCGCCCGAGGCCGACCAGUGGGCAGCGCUGCCCGCCAUGCCCACGGCCAGGGCCGGCGUGGCCGUCACCGUGCUGGGCAAGAGGAUCAUGGUGAUCGGCGGCGUGGGCGCGGAGCAGCUGCCGCUGAAGGUGGUGGAGGUGUACAGCACGGACGAGGGGCGCUGGAGGAAGCGCAGCUCGCUGCGCGAGGCCGCCAUGGGCAUCUCGGUGGCGGCCAAAGACCACAGGGUGUACGCAGCAGGUGGGAUGGGCUCGGACCUGCGGCCCCACAACUUCCUGCAGCACUACGACGUGCUCAAGGACAUCUGGGUGUCCCUGGCUGCCAUGCCCACCCCCCGCUACGCCGCCACGUCCAUCCUGAGGGGCACCAAGAUCUACGUGCUGGGGGGAAGGCAAUCCAAGUACGCCGUCAACGCCUUCGAGGUGUUCGACACGGAGACGCGCUCCUGGGCCAGGUUCCCCAGCAUUCCCACCAAGAGAGCCUUCUCCAGCUUCGUGCCCACCGAGGGGAAGCUCUUCAGCCUGGGGGGGCUGCGCCAGGGCCGGCUCUACCGGCAGCCCAAGUUCAUGAGGACCGUGGAUGUGUUCGACCUGGAGCAGGGGGGCUGGAUGAAGAUGGAGCGCUCCUGCUACCUGAAGAAAAGGCGAGCAGACUUCGUGGCCGGCUACCUGAGGGGCAGAGUUGUCGUGGCUGGGGGCCUGGGGAAUCAGCCGACAGUGCUGGAGUCGGCAGAGGCUUUCCACCCCGAGAAGAACAAGUGGGAGAGCCUGCCCCCCAUGCCCACGCCGCGCUGCGCCUGCUCCAGCAUCGCGCUGCGGGACUGCCUGCUGGCCGUGGGCGGCGUCAGCCAGGGGCUCAGCACGGCCGUGGAGGCCCUGUGCCUCUGUGAUUCCUGAUUGGAACUCUCCUGGAGAGAAUCCCACCUGGAACAGGGCCCUGUGCCUCUCUGACUCCUGAUUGGAACUCUCCUGGAGAGAAUCCCACCUGGAACAGGGC